CAAGUGAUUGUAAUCGUUACUAAUGACCUCGUGUCUAUGACGGGUUGAAUGAAGAUGUGGACAUUGACUCAAAUGGCUUCUGUCAUGAGAUCAGACCAUAUCAUUCCAAUGAUAUCUCGGCAAUCCGGAUAUAGACAACUGAAUCAGGAUGAGUCUUUGAUGCUGCAGUUCGUUGCUUAAGAAGACCGUAAUAGCUUCAGUCGGAUCCAUGAUCAUAGCUGUAAUUCCAACACCAGUUGACCUCAGCAGACCUAUUUCUUAAACCACAUAACCUUCUACUCGUGCCAGUAUACUUCUUCAGCCAUGUACGCAGACAUCAGCAAGCCACCAGCCCCUCUCCCAUCCAUCAAUCUCAAGGUUUUGAGGCCUGGUCUAUCUUUGCUGUACCCACUCUCCAGACGAGGCCACGGUCCCGGUCUCAUCAUUCUCUCCGCCACUACUGAGGACCCAGUGGCUUUCUACGAAGGUGUCCCUUCCUCAUUGGUAAAGUGGGCUGAAGAAGGCUAUGCAGUUGUUCAGAUUGAAGCUGCUGCAUUUGAAGGAAAGGACAGCGGAGUUGUUCUCGGAGAAGCAAUCGAUGCUUUAAAGCAAUGUGAGAAGUGUGACCUCAACGACAAAGUCGGCUUGGUUUCAUAUGAGCCUCAACUAUGGAAUAUCGCUGCUCCGGGAAUUGAUCAGACCCCAGAGAUUGUUGCCAGUGUUCUUUACGCCGACGCAGAGUCGGAAGAGACUCUGACCUCCAGCAAAGAGCCUCUGUUGAAGCAUAUUGCUGGCCAAGACUUCAAGCUCUCAAGUCAAUCGCACUACCCUUACAAGGAGUCUUCAAGCUAUGCUUUCGCGACUCCAGGACAUCCUCACUUUCACUAUACAACCGAGUCGGUAUCUCACACGCGUAAUCUCCAGUUCUUAAAGCCCAAGUUGAACGGACCUUUCUUUGACCUUGAGGCUAUUUGGGAUGAACAUACCUGGUAUGAGUUUAGUGAUCGAUCCGUGCAGCAUACUAUGAGCACCAUGGUCCAGGAGCCUUAUGUGAAUCAUGUUCCAACGUUGACCGGCGGCAUCGGCCGAAGCAGCCUUACGAAGUUCUACACAGAUAACUUCAUCUUCAACAACUCCCUCGAUACCACACUUGACCUCAUUAGUCGCACGAUAGGCAUUGACCGUGUGAUUGACGAGUUCAUCUACAAAUUCACUCACGAUCGUGAGAUUGACUGGCUCUUACCAGGAAUUCCGCCUACCUUCCAAAGAGCAGAGAUACCAUUCACAGCUGUCGUGAACAUCCGUGGCGAUCGCUUGUACCAUGAACAUAUCUCUUGGGAUCAAGGUACUGCUCUCCGACAGCUUGGACUUAUGCCCGAAUACUUGCCCUUCCCGUAUCCAAUUCCGGGUCAGACAGGACAUCCUGAUGCAGAGUACGAGUACCGAGUUCCUGUGAUCGGAAUCGAGACAGCCGACAAGAUGCGGGAUAGGAACUCGGUACCCUCAAACGAGAUGUUCAGCUACAAGGUUCGAAAGGCUCGAGAUGGCUCCGAAGGCGUUCAGAAACAAGAUACUAUCAAGCAGGAGGCAGAGGUUAUAGGUGUAGUUGUUUAAGCAACGUGCAAUUUAAAAGAUAAAUCAUGAAUCAAAUUG